UCUGCCUGUCAGUCGCGCAGACAGAAGAAACAGAGGAGCGGAGGGACGCUCUUCUUGUGAAGAACGGAUAUGUUUCUAUCUCCGCCGCCGGCUCUGGAAUAAACAGGCUUUUUCCUCGCCGUCUUUCCGUGAGAUAGCACAGCCCGGGUCGGCUCAGAGAAGGACAUAGACAUCUAGUGUCCGUCGGGAAAAUAAGGUUUUUUUGCACUGGGUCCGGUGUCUCUCUCCCCUUGUCCUCCCCUCCCCUUCCCUCUCACUGCUUUUACACCCUUCGAUCCUGCUACGCUGCUAAGAGGCACUGAUGCCCAGUUCGCUCUUCGCCGAUAGCAGCGUCCAGGGAGAUGCACUGGACGACCAGAGAGCCCUGCUGAUCACUCUGGAUCAGCUCUCCCUGCUGGGCUUGGACAACGAUAAUCCCCUGUACGACAACAACCAGGAGCCCCGGAAAAAGAGCGUCAACAUGACCGAAUGCGUCGCGGUUCCGAGCUCCGAGCAUGUGGCCGAGAUUGUGGGCAGACAGGGUCCCAGAGGAGCUAAUUGGAGAACCCAUCCAGAUGUGGUUUUCUGUGUCCAGCUUUACAUGAAAUAACUGUCACAAUUUCCAGGAUGGCUCUUUCCACUCCUGCACCUUACUGCUUUGUUUAGCCUUUUCUUUUCUUUUUUUUACUCCACAACACCAUAACAGGUUCUAUCAGUAUAAAUACUGUUACAAUAACAAGUCAUUCACAACAACUUUUACAUUUGUAAUCUUUUAAGAUUGAUGUUUUCAUGAAUGCAAGACACAAUUUUAAAUAGUUAAAUUAUU